AUGGAUGAGGAUGCCCAGUUAGCCGAAGCACUAAGGUUAUCAUUAAUUACCACUAAUGAAGAUGAACAAUUACAAGCAGCACUUUUAUUUUCUGUUCAGCAACCAACUAAUUCUCAACCAAUCAAAAACAACCAAAGUGAAAAUUUACAACAAGCGUUGGCCAUUGAAAGAUCCAAAAAUGAACUUCUAAGCCAGCAACUAGAAGCAUUACAAAAAGAAACAAUCCCUACCGAAGUCGAAAUCAAGCAUGCUCAAUUAGAGGCUGAAAAUCGAGUGCUUCGCGAGCAGUUGUUUCAAACAAAGAUUUCCGCCAAGCAAAAAAAUUUAGAGCGGUUAAUGAACUCUUUCAAAGAAAAAUUAACAGAGGAUGAUUAUGAAGAGUUGGUUAAUUUUUUAGAAGCCCAUGAGGAAUUUAUUAAAACUGGCAAUGAAUAUGCUAAAAAACAAAUCGAAAAGAUAAAAAAAAGAUUAUUAAAAAAUGAAGAAAUUGGAGAAGAGGAUUUAACUAGGCUUUCCCAAAUCCAAACUGAACUGAUUAAUUUAAAAAAAGAAUUAGAAGAAAAAAUUGAAACGGCAAUAGAAUCUGAAAAAACAAAACACCAAUGUGGGAAAAUAGAAGCCAACGAAACACCUUUGGAAGCGGCUAAAAGAGAAGUUUUUGAAGAAACUAACUUAAUAAUUGAAAACUUAGAAAUAGUUGGCGAACAGGCUUUUGAUAAAAAGAAUCGUUGCAUGGGUUAUUUGGUUAAGGCUAAUAAAUACUCCGGAGAAAUAAAAAUCAAAGAAGUAGAAAAGAUCGCCGAGAUUAAAUUUAAACAAAUAGAUUAUGAAUUUGCGAUCAAUCGGCUUUUUUAUGCUAUCAUUUUUGAAGUUGACUAG